AUGGGGGGGAUGGAGACGUCGGGUGAUGGGGUUGGACACUUUUCCAUGCGCGUUCCGAGCGGAUUGUCGCGGUCGCAGCAGGUUUUUCUGGCGCAAAAGUUGUUCAACGCGCCGGCGGUGCCGAGCUUCGCGAGAGACGAGGGCGGGAUGGUGCUCGAUCGCGUGAUCGCAAACGUGGGUUCGGGGCGGUGGUGGACCACGGUUACGGCUCGGGUGCGGGCGCAGCGCGCUUGGAACACGGAGCAGGUGCAGGAGGGGAAGGCGCAUCGAGCGCUUUUGGACGCGUCGAUGUACGCGCUGGGCGGACGGUUUCGAAUGAAUCUGUUGGAAAACGUCGCGCUCAAGGCGGUGGGGGAGCUCGGGAGCGCGAGGGCGAUCACGAGGGCGAUCACGAAGAAGUUCGUAAAGAAGAAUGAGACGAAAUCGGACGCGAUCGAGGUCAACGCCGGGGAGGCGCGGGAGGACGCUCGAGCACGAGUGCUCUUGCAGGCGAAAAUCCCGCGCCACGUCAUCAACGCGGAAUUGUCGCACAACGAGCGUUUCGAGACGAAGAAGUCGCACGUCGAUGGACCAACCUCGGCGUCGGUGAGCCUGGCGUCUCGCGGUCGAAGAAUGAUCAACUAUCGUGUCAUGGCGCGCAAGUGGCUGGGGACGGAGCUCAAACCCUUUGAAUCGGCGCCAGACGGUGAAAUGCAAAAACCGCCCAGGAAUGAAGUUCUGGGAGGCGUCUCUGUCGAGCAACAAGUCAUCUUGUGGCAUGGUCGAAGACGCCGAAAGCGCGCGUCCACGAGCGCCGUGAACGGAUAUACCGCGCUCCCGCAAGUGCCAACGAUCGCCGUUGGAGGUAUUUUCGGCACGGUGGCGAGGAAGAGUCUGGAUGAAGAUUACACCGACGGGGACGAAGUGAGACUGCAAAAUUUCGCCUCGAUAGCUUUGCACGGUCAAAUUGGGUCAUUUUCGCGUCCACUGUUCGACUUCACGUCCGUCAAUCUUCGCCUUGAUGCCGGAAGUGUGGGGAAUCCGUACAAACCGCUCGACGCGUCGGAGCAAAAACCGAUGUCUUUAGGGGAUCGCUUGAUCACGGCGGACGGUAGACUUAAAGCAAGCCCAACGUCGGUCACGAUCUCUUUCGCACAGCAACUUCUCGGCCCGCUGAGAUUUCGUACGGAGGUUCGGACGAGUGGUGCGGAGGCGCUCGCCGCCACGUGCGCAGGACUCUCCGCCAUCAAGCAACGGAAGCCCAUGGCGCAAGUUCGUGAUGUCUUUAAGAAGGAGGUCGCGUCUCCGGAAGUACUUUAUGGUUUAGAUUGUCCGCUCCCUCCGACGCUUGGUAGUGCGCGCGCCGUCGUCUGGUACAACGCGACAAGGCAAGACGCGUUCGCAGAGAUUCGUCUAUUCGACCUCUAG